GAAUUGUGUUAGAUUUCCACAUAAUCAAAUUAGUUACGUAUCCAUGCAUAAUUUAUCAAUAAUUUGGAACAGAGCAUGUAAUAUCAUUGUUUUGGAUAUUAACGUUAUUGUACCACCACUCCAAUUUGAAUCUAGUAAUAUAUUUUAUGGUAAAUUGUUGAAUGAUUUGUCACUUGUCAAGUACUGUAUUACGUUAAGAAUCAUAUAUAAGUCAAAUUUGCGUUAUACCUUGAAAAAGAAUUAUUGUGUACUACAUUAAUAUGUACUACUGUCUGUUUUGUUUUUAAAUGUUUUUAACAAUACUGAAUAACACCACAAUAAUAUUCAAUUUUUCUCGAUUUAAGAAAAAUAUUAUUUCCUUGGACAACCUCUAUAGAUACAUGUGUGUGUAGUAGUAGACAAAUGUAAAUAUUACAAAAAUUGUAGUACAAUAUAAGUUUGACCAAUAUUUCAUUCUAACUCACUAAUAUUCUCUUUGCUCCGUCUUCAAUUCAAACAUCAAACACACUCACACAGAGAGAUACACAUAUGCUACAUUAAUUGAUGUGCAUUUAUAUACUGAGUAGUUUGAUCAGAAGAAACGACUGAGAAAAUCCACUCUUGAUUGAUGGAUGAUGAGACGUUGUGGAAAGUUUCCAAGAAAGAUUUCAUCUUCGAAACCACUCAUUUCUCUUCAAAACAUCAUGUUUUCACACGAAGCUUCUCAACAAAAACUUCGUCUUCGUCUUCUUCAAACCCCGUAUUCACACGAAGUUUCUCAACUAAACCCACUUCGUAUUCUUCAUCAUCAGAGCCCACCUUUAGACGUAGUUUCUCUGCAAAGCCUACUCCUUCGAAAUCUCCGUUUCUAUCUAGAAGCGGUUCAACGAAAUGCCAAGCUGAUGGUACAUCUUCCACGACUUCUUCUGCUUCCAAGUGUUCCAUCUCUCGGAGCUUGUCUCAGAAAGGAGCUUCGGUGACCCGAAAGUGUCGUAAUAUGGCCAAGGAGCACAAGUCUCGGUUUUACAUCAUGAAACGCUGCGUUUCAAUGCUCGUUUGUUGGCACAAACAUGCCUGAGAGAUCAUCGUUAUGAAUGUGAAGAGACAAGACUAGGUUAAAUAAUUACAGAUUUUUUACUCUCUUUUUUUUUUUCGUUUCAUUUUCUUUACACAUCUUUUAAUUUUUUGAAAGCACAAAUCUGUAUCGAUGAUACACUCAUUUCCAUUUUAAUUAAAUGUA